UUUAAUAAGCAAUCAUUUCUUCACAGUUUGAAUAGUAGUGAUAGAUUAGAGCGAUAAAGAACGACAUCGUGUCUAAUAUAUCUUUCAGUCUGUUCUGCUAAGUGUUCAGUUUAAAUAACAGUGUCUUUGUUGACAUGUCUACAAGGUAUAGAGAACGGGAAUUCCCAGAACCUACGUCUACGUGUCAGUCCAGUGAGUUGUUUAUGGCGGACACAUUGUCAGUGUUGUGUUAAGGUCGCUUGUAGGGUUUUUGUUUUGUGAGGCUGAAAAAGUUUGCUCAUCUACAGCCAUUUUGUCACCGAUACACCUGUAACUAAUUUGCAUCAUACAUUAAACCAAAGGUGUAAGGUGUUGUCAAUUUAUGAGUCAAGUGGGUCACGCCAUUUUGCAGAUUGAUCUUUCACUAUGGCGACAGUAGUGCAACAACACGAAAGAGAGUGUGCUGUGUGUACUAAUGACUUCAACACUCCAAAGAUUCUACCCUGUGGUCAUCUCCUGUGUCGACAAUGUGUCAUUUCUUGGAUUAAAAUCAAAAUCUGACGCCGGGUGUCCUCUGUGUACCUGUCCUAUAGUAGAGCAUCAAGGUAAUUCAUCUCCAAGUGCAGCCGAUGUUUCCAGCGCCCUGCCUACAGACUCUGUGAUGGAAGCCAUAGUAGAAAGUGCUGGCAUGCUGGUGAAGGGUGAUAUGUGCACUGUUUGUGAUGACGUCACAGCUGAAUACAUCUGUAUGCAGUGUGGGGAAAAGAUGUGUCCAUCGUGUAUGAAGAUACACAAGAAGAUGAUAGCUACUCGUAGUCACGAUGUGGAGAGUGUCAGCACUGUGACACCUGAACGUCUGGCCGCCAGCCGCCCUACACUGUGUGCUGACCACGGCGACAAACAGGCGGAGUUCUUUUGCGCUGAUCACCGCCUUGUUAUCUGUGUGACGUGUUUUUCUAACAAACACAACGAAUGUCCAAACAUCAAACAUCUGGAUAACGAAAUGAAGUCAGCUGAAAAAUCACUCGAUUUAUUAACAGAGAAAUUGGCUGAGGGGGAAGAUAACCUGAAGCAAGCGAUAGUCAACCUAAAUGCGCGCAUCAAACAAGCAGAUGUCACUGAACUGGAAAACAUGGAGCUGGUGGACAAGACAUGUGACCGACUUCACAAGAUGUUGGACGAGUGUCGGAAACAACUGAAGAAACUGAUCAGUGAUUCUUUGUCUAAUUUCAAAAAAUCCUUGUGUGACGUCAAAAUCGAGCUGGAGAAACGUUUAGAGAAAGUGACGUCACACAAACAUCUCGUGACGCGAGCCACAACAGUCAGACCGCGUCCCGCGUUGAUACACGCAGCCAAGACUCUGACAGACAGGGUCAACAGCCUUGACCUCAGUGAUGAACUGGAAGCAGAGCCUUGGGUGAAUCCAUCGCCAGAGAUAACGAAAUAUUGUGACGAUGUGGGGAAACAAAUAACGGCUGAGCUACAAAAUAUGGAACUAGAGCUGGCUAAGUUUGAAACCACACAGGCACCAGUCCUAGUGUUCCACGAAAACUGCGGAAGCAAUGUAUUGCUGAUGAACGGCCAAAAAACCGCGAGGAGAGCUGAUGAAAGCCAUACCGACAACACUACAGUUGUGUCACGCGACGCUAUGGCUGCGAACGUCUUGUAUGAAGUCAGAAUAGACGAGAUGGGUGAUGAUGAUUGUGUAAACCUUGGUGUCACGGGAAUCCCUCCAGCACAACUCAAUUUGAAGACCUCAACACUUGACCUGACAGACUUCAUCACUAUAUGGAGUGAUGGAGUAGACCGCAAUGAUGAUUUUGUUGAUUCUUAUAUCGGCAAAGCGCUAGAUUCCAUCACCGUUGGAAGUCGUGUCGGAGUGCUGGUGGACUCAUCAAAAGACCUUCACCUUUAUGUCGACGGACACGACCAGGGUGUGGCAGCUAAAGAUGUCCCUUGGCCCUGCUUUGCAGUCUUUGAUAUUGAUAUCAGUCAGAUGACAGCCCUUAAGACGUCAAAGAAGACAUGAAUCUGAUGAAAAUGACAACAGCAAUGAUACUUAUGAGCUUAAAUAGGACUACAGCGACAAUUUUUUUUAUGCAAAACGCUUACAAAAAUAGCAUUAACUGAUUUAUUACUUUUUCUUCAUGUUUUAUUUUUUGUAUUUUAAUAAGAAAAAAAAUUAGAUGCUCAUAAAGAAUAACCGUUUCUUGAUGCUAUAAGUAGACAUGCUUACGUCGAAGCCUUCUGCAGCUGAUUUGUGAGCCUUUUUUGGUUGUUUUGCAAUAUUUCAAUUCAUAAAUAGUCUAAACGUUUGCGUUUAUGUGUUUAAAUUUAUGAAGAAAGCAUCAUUGAUCAUAUUUUGCAAUACUGUAUAAUAUGAUACAUAUUUUCAUAAAUACUCGUUAUAUUUAGAAUUUCUGAUUGUUCUCCAUGACUUCAGUGCUUUACGAAACAAUAAAUUUUUCUAAAAAAUCCCGUUAGAGAUAAUUCAGUGCAGUUCACUCCCUUAAUUAUAGAAAAGCAAGUUAAACUUCAUUAGCUAAUAUUGUCAGGAAUUAUUUCUUUUACUGAAAAAUCUAUCAAUGUUGACCCACGUUCAGUUAUUGUUACGCAAAAUAUAAUUAUGAUCAAGAUUACAA